CACUGAGUGGUCCUAAACCAGAGGGAACGUUGGAUUUCUCUUUCACAACCCUUUAAAAGAGCUCCGUCAUGGCGGCAGCCAGCGUCUCUCGCUCUGGAUCAACAGCUCCCGUUCUGGCCUUCGAGGAUUAUUCCCUGUACGGUAACCUGAGUGAUGACGAGCUGCUGGCGCUCGCCAUCGAGCGCAGUCUGACCGACGCCCACGCCGACACUGCUGCUACGCCUCCUUGCCAACCCCCCUGUGGCCGCCUGAUCCCUGCAGCCGGCCGCAGCUCCCACAAUCCGCCUCCAGCCGAGACCACCGCACACUACAGUUCUCCAAACCCUCCGAGUGAAAUGCCUCCCGAUCCGAGGACCUUCGAUGGAACAAUCAGUCACUUCAUGACGGGUUCUGGGAAGAGGAUGGUGGCGUAUCGCAGACCUGACGGUGGUCUGGUCCACAUCGCUCCGGAGCCUAAAGAAGAGGAGGAGCCUCUGUUCAAAGCGAUCCAUGACGGUGAUCCGAGCAGAGUGAAAGCCCUGAUCAUGUGUCCGGGAACAAACCUGAUGCUGCCGAGUAAACCGGGUUGGCUCGCCGUUCACCAGGCGGCGUGGUACGACCAGGACGCCUGCCUGAAGGUCCUGCUGUCAGCUCAGCCCGGGAUGAUCAACAAGCGAACGGAGCGCGGUGAGACGCCGCUGAUGGUCGCCAUCAGCAAAGAGAGCAUGCGAUGCGUUCAGGUGCUGCUGGAAAGAGGAGCGGACCUCAACAUCACGAACUACGACCGGGAGACUCCGCUCUACAAAG